AUGACUUGCAUUCUGCCUGGCCAGGGCAGGCCUCAGAAGGAGAACAUGGACACCCGCUCAGAGCUCUUUUGGUGGACGGGUGCGAGCUUCAAGCCUCUACGGGGGAUGAUGCUGACAAAAGCGGCUCUUUUGUGGGGCAUCCUGCCUGGUGAGGUGGUUCGUGCCCUUCAACCUGGGCGGGUUUGGCACUCGGGACGGGUGACUGGAGACCUGACAGUACUCCCGGUUGUGACCCAGGGACCGUCUCAGAGGUAUUGGAUUUUGCAGAACGCUGACCAUUGCGGACAUUUUUUGCUCGACUUUGGCAGCACCCGGUGGCUUUUAAAGGUGAUUUCUGCCAUAUGCGAUGGGACUUGA